AACAGCUCCGUCUUAAAGAAAUGACUUCGCUGAAUGUUUUCGCACUGGAUAUCAAAUGAAAUGUCCUCUCACAAACUUUGUGAAUCUAAAACUGCCUCUGUGUGUUUUGUUUGCAUCACUGUCACUCGAUAACAUUGGCAUCAGUCGGAAAUACGCUACUGCGUCAUCGUAUCGCCGUUAGCGGUGCCUCAGCUGAACCGAUUACCGACCUCACGGAUGGAAGAAGGUGGCCUGAUGGAAAGGGAGAAGAAGAAUUCGCACAAAGGCAAAUCCAGAAUGCGCAACGCGAAGCUGAAUGCGGUGAGGGGACCUCCGUCUCCAAACUCUCCGCAAAACGACGCGCUACCGCAGGUGGUGGAGAACGGAGGACCCCGGUCUAGAUAAAGAGGUUACAAACCCCCGGAUGUGAGGACGACAUUCGACCCCUCGGCCAAGGAGAGAGGAGAGUUACACUCGAUUUGUGAAGACGCGGUGGACGAAUGGUGCGAUGUGUGUUGCGUGUAUAUCUUCCAAGGUGGCCUGACAUGCAUAGGUUGUAAAUACACGUGUCAUGCCCACUGCCGUGACCAGGUGGCGCUAGACUCUCAUCAGAAUGCAUCUUCUAAUGGCUGCCCAUUCAGUUCCCAUGCUCAGGACCAUCUUAACAACAACCAGCCGUCACACAGCGAUGUGGAUAAAGAGAGAGAACUGCGUACUCAUCUCACACACGAAGAGAUCAGACAGAAGGUGGAGCAAUACAACGCCGCUUCACGAGACCACUUUAAAAUGACACUGAAUUCUAACGGCUUGUACACCGGCUUCAUAAAGGUGCAGGUGGACCUGCGGAGGCCCAUCACAGUGAAAGAGGACGGGGCAUGUGGAGUCAAAGGUCAAGAGGCGUUUUACCUUCCGCAUGGCUCCAUAAAUACACUGCACAUCAGCAGCAACAACACGGUGCGACAGGUCAUCCAAGCCCUGCUCAACAAAUUUACUGUGGCCGACAACCCCGCCAAGUUCACCUUGUUCAAACGCUUCAGCCGAGAAGACCAAGUGUACACCUGUAAGCUAUCAGAGGUAGAACACCCUCUCUUCCUGCGUUUGGUGGCGGGACCCAGCACAGACAAACUCAGCUUUGUCCUGAAAGAACAGCAAACUGGUGAAGUCAUGUGGGACGCCUUCUCUAUUCCUGAGCUGCACAACUUCCUCCGCAUCUUGGAUAAAGAGGAACAGGACCAGGUCUGUGUGAUAACCAGACACUACAACAGCUACAGAGAGAAACUAGAGGAGGCCAUGAGAGCAGCGGGCAGCCCGUGCUAAUGCUAACAUCAAGAUGGGAGAAUGUACUGUAGGACUGCUAUCUCUAGUGGUCAUUGUGUGUUAUGAACACAAUUAGGUGCCAACGGACAAUCUUGCAAAAAAGAGGAGAACACUGGACUCCUUCAACUCUCAGAAUGCACCUCAGGUGCCAUAUUUUCCCUCCCACCCUCUCGUGGUCUUCACAGUUUCAACUGCUGUGAAUAUUUGUCUUAUUUUUUUUAUUUUAAUUUUUUUCAUAACUUUUACCUCUUGCAAACGUGAAAAUCGGAUCAUAUCUGGUUUUUAAUUUAAUUGUUAAAUGCUGUGGUUUGUAAAUAUUCCUGUUUGUUGUUUUUAAUUUAUGUGGGUAGAGUUUUAUUUAUUUUUUUUAUUUUACUUAUUAGAGAGUCUUAUUUUAUUUCAAAUAUGCUUUUGACCUGAAACUUAUGGGGAUUGUUUUGUUUUAUUUUUUUUAAAUAUUAAAUACCAAAUGUCUCAUAAUGUGCCCUACCAAUUAUAGUGUUGGCGUUUGAUGUGCUGUUGACAAAGUUGACAAAUGAAGCAUAUUAGGAAGAUGACCUAAACUGUAAACAACACGACCAAACAAAAGGAGAAAAGAUGCGACAGUGACAGGAAGUGCAUGUUUGUGAUUAGAGAAGACUGAAUUGUGAUGUCAUGGAGCCAGAAAAUGAAGACAAAGGCAAGAGAGGCAUUUAACAUUUCAAAAUCUUUAGUUGUUGAAGGAAUGGCACCAAAAUGAAACUUAAAAGCUGAACUGAAUUUGGAACAGAUCCGUAAGUUGGGGAAUGAGUGUAGAGGAUGUUGGAAAGUAUGCGGAGGGAACUUCACGUUGUGGUCUUGGAGCAAAUAGAGUUAGCUUCCUGACCUCUGUUCUUCUCAAGAUUGUGACUGAUGUUGAUGGUCUUUUUUUAGUGAGCGUUUGGAUGCAUUUAUGGUCAUGUUGUGUAUCAACCAAGGGUUUGAACACAUAAUCACAGUGAACAAAGCAUGUGUUGUUCCAUAAUGCUUUUAAACAGGGGUGCCACUUCUUAUUAACCCUGAAAAAAUGCAUUAAAGAUGAUUACAAAUGGUGGAAUGUCACAGCAUCUUCCAGACAAAUGAUAAAGUAGAUUAUUAAAGUAGAUUUGAGAUGCUACGGCAUUUGCUUUUCAGUGUGUUGUGAUAUUUGUUUUCAUCUGUGAUUCAUGCAUAUACACAUAUGUUAUUGAUAUACCACAGAGUUACUGUAUCAGGAGGAUUCAAAGUUAUCUGUUCUGCCGAAAGGUUUAUUUUAGAGGUAUUUCUGCUUGGCAUUGACUGGCAUCUUAAUGUUAUUACUCUUGCAGUGUCAGCACACAGAGUCAACAAUGUAACUGUUUUAAAUUAUACUUGUGUAUCAUAUUUAAACUGUAUACACAUGCUUUCUUUAUGGUAGUGCUGCAUGACGUUUUUUCUGAUGGGUACUGCAACAUCAGUUUGUGUCUUUGUGACAUGCAUAGCGAGCUAGCGGCAUCAUGUGAUCAACUGCUGUAACUAAAAAUCUCUGCAGUCUUAUGGCUCAUCUGUGUCAGUCAGUUAUAUUAGAUGCAUUUUUUUUUUUUUUUUUUUUGGUAUUAUAACCUCUAUGACCAAAGAUAUCGUUAAGAUGCAUAGUUGAAUUAAAGUUAGAAAUAAAUUGCCUUGUGCAAUCAGUUUGUGCACCUCACUAAAUUGAGGUUAAAUUACAUUAUAUGUAUGUCAAAUGGUGUUAACAUGGCAAAUUUAAUUGUAAACACUGGGGCAAAAAUUAAUUAGUUUCAUUGUUAUGCGAGUACAUCACAACAGUCUCAAUAUUUGCAAUAAAUAGAGGGUUUGUCAGGGGCGUAAAAAAACGUUAAUCUUAUGAAUGCUUUAAGGGCACUUUAUGUUUUAAUUCAGGGAAUUAUUUAGUUCUUAUUUUAUUAGUCAUCAGAUGCAUGCGUCAGGAAGGGCAUCCGGCGUAAACCUGUGCCAAGUCAAAUAGGCGGAUCACAGAUGGUCCGCUGUGGUGACCCCUAACGGGAUCAGCCGAAAGAAGUCAUCAGAUGCCUAUUGUCUUCUACUGUUUAUAACUGCAUUACUUCAAGUGGAAACUCAGUACUCUGUACUUUUUAUUUCAUAAAGUUCAACAAGCUUCUUUUCAUAGAGUAAGACUGUGAAUGAAUGUAUUAGAACUGUAAUGCUGUAAUUCAUGCGUAGUAAAGGAGUGUGGAUGUGAGCAUGCUGCUUAAAUGCUUUAUUUGAAUAUACAUGCAUGUGUUAUAUUAAUUCAUGCAUAUUUACUGUGGCUGUUUUAGGACAUCACUGGCCAGUGCUGUUGAGAUUUCUGUUUAACAGCAUAUUUAGCGAAUGCUCACACAACCCAUACUCAGUAUUUGCCAAAAACUUAAUUUUUUUCUUGUUUUGUUCCACAGUUGUAGGUUACGUUCAUAUGAUAAAGUUUUUUUUAUUAUUGUAUGUUUUAUCUGGGGGGGCAUGGGGCAUAUUGAUAUAUCUCUCAACCAGCCAGUUUAAAAAGCAGUUUGGGUGUGAAACUGUUGGCAGAGGUGGCAUACAGAUAUGAGCAUUGUCUAUGAGAUGGGUUCAGAAGAAACAUGGAUUGUUUGAAUCCAAAUAAAUCCAGAUUUCAUGCAUUUUUGACAGUGACAGAGGUUUAUGGAGGUUUUCUGGGGGUUACUCAGUGUGUACUGUUACCGAUCGUGGCCUUUCUUGUUAAAGUUUGUGUUUCUUUAAAUAAAGAUGACAUG